AUGAAAGGAGCUGGGGGCUGGUCUCCUCUGGUCUCGGACUCGUACCAGUGGCUGGACGUGGACCUUGGCAGACGCACCUCCAUCGCAGCCGUGGCCACACAGGGCAGGUACGGCAGCUCUGAUUGGCUCACGGCUUACCUCCUCAUGUUCAGCGACUCAGGCCACAACUGGAGGCAGCACCGGCAGGAGGACAGCCUGGGGGCCCUCCCUGGGAACUCUAACGCAGACUCUGUGGUGCAGUACAAGCUGGAGAAGCCAGUGAUUGCCCGGUUCUUGCGGCUGGUUCCUCUGGACUGGAACCCGACUGGACGCAUCGGACUGAGGCUGGAGGUCUACGGCUGCCCCUACUCGUCGGAUGUGGUCCACUUUGAUGGUACUGGUGCUCUGGUUUUCCGGCUGGCAGCUCGUCCCAGCGCCGCCGCCGCAGAGACCUUCACGCUGAAGUUCAAGUCGCAGAAGAACUCAGGGACCGUCCUGCACGCCGAGGGCCACGGGGACCAUGGGGACCACCGCCUCAGUCUGGAGCUAGACCAGGGUCGGCUACAGCUCUACCAUCAACAAGCUGUGACCUCCUUGCCUUGGGUUCUGCUGGCCUCUGUGGGGAGCCUCCUGGAUGAUCAGCACUGGCACUACGUGAAACUGGAGCGAGUGAAGAACCACCUGAACCUGACUGUGGACUACACCACCCACCUGGUCCACCUGCCCAACCAGCUGAGCCACUGGGACGUGCACCAGGUUAGCGUGGGGUCCACUCUGGCUUUCGGACUUCAGGGACCGGUUCUGUCCAGCAAGAAUCUGAGCGGCUGUCUGGAGAACCUCCUCUACAACAGCCUCAACCUCAUCGAGCUGGCCAAGAAGACUAACCCCCAGGUCUCCGUGAUCGGAAACGUCACCUUCUCAUGCUCGGAGCCUGCAUCCGUUGCCGUGACUUUCGGUGACCCGCUCAGCUUCCUGUCUCUCCCGUUGCCGAGGGCGUUGCCGGGGGCGGGGUCAGGGCUGGUGGCCGUAGAGAUGCAGAUCCGGACCUGGGACCGUAAGGGGCUCCUGGUGACCUUCGACCUCUCGGAGUUCGGGGUCUGGCUCUACGUGAGCGGGGGCCGGAUCAAACUGCUGCUGAGGACGUCACAGCGCCCCCUGCUGGAGCUCAGUGCAGGCUCUGGUCUCAGUGACGGUCAGUGGCACUCUGUGAGUCUGAGUCUGGGUCUGGACUCGGUCCAGGUCUCUGUGGAUCAGAGUGAAGGCUCCACAGCUCACAUCACUGCAGCUGUGACUCUGAGCGACAGGACACAGUUGCACUUUGGAGGCUGCCCGUCAGAGCAGAGCGCUCCCCAGUGCUCGAACCCCUUCGGUGCGUUCCAGGGCUGCAUGCGUCUGCUGUCGCUGAAUGCACAGACCGUGGACCUCAUCCAGCUGCAGCAGAGGAUCAUGGGAAACUACAGCCACCUCCAGAUCGACAUGUGUGGGAUCAUCGACCGGUGA